AUGGGUAGUCAACAAGAAUAUAAACUUUAUUAAGAAUAAAAAAGGAUCCUUAGAGAUGAAAACGUAAGACUAAGAAUUUUUUUGGCUGAAUUACACAAGAUUUUUGCUGAAUAAUAACAGCUGGUUUAAUAUUAUCAAAAAACAAAUCAGAUGAAUCUUAUUUCUAACUAAAAUUCCUAAAACGAAUCUUAUGGUGCUUAAAAUAAUGAUUAGAGCAACUAACUUGCUAAUUUUUCUGAAAAUUAAGCAUCAGAAUCUAAAAUUGAAGCAGAGAGGUAACAAAACUCGAUUUAGGACUAAUGA